AUGAAAGGCCAUGGUUUACUUACAAUAGCGUUUUACUUUUUACGAUUUCCGGCCGACGUAGAGUCAAACUUCACAGAGGAAAACACAACAAGCACAACGACGCCACUUACCCGACUGCAGCGCUGUCCUGCUGGCGUUUGCUCUGGGCCAAUCAGAGCCGAGGCCGCCUGUGCUCAGAAUCGGCGGGAUGGACGAAUGUGUCCCCGUGUCCCGGGACAAGUCUGCACCGUGAUCACUGACCAGGAGCCGCAGUCCGGUGCACACCCACGGACCAGAACCUGCUGA